AUGGACGCUCGCGGAGCCGCACGUGAAGUCUUCAGAGACGCCGUCCGCGCCGCGCUGGACACGUGGCCCGUCUUACAGAUAGCUGUAGAUAAUGGCUUUGGAGGUGUCUAUAGUCAGCAGAAGGCUGACUGGAUGGUGGAUGUGGUCCAGCAGUAUUUCCAUGAAAAUGUGAACCUACAGCAGUAUGAGGUAGAAGACUUCAUUGCUGACCUGAUGGACCAGGAAUUUAAUACAGUGGUGGAUGAUGGGAGUUUACCUCAGGUGUGUGAGCGUCUUUGCCAGCUUCAUACUCAAUGCCAGCAGGGGGCACUAGAGCAGGUCAAGCAGACUGUGACCAAGCUAACACAAAAUAAAUCUGAAAGGGCAAAGGUCACCGCUGCACCCACACCAGCUGAUGAAGAGGAGGAGAGUGAGGAAGAGACAGAGAUGGAAUGUGAAGCUGCUGCUUCUCGCCCUCCUCUGCCUCCCAGCGUGGAUGAAGAUGGAUGGACGGUGGUCCGCAAAAAGAAGUGAAUGAGAAGAGGAGAGGAAAAGACGGAACCAUAGAAAGAAAAUCAGAGAUCUUUAUACCAGUAAAACCCCUGGAGAACUA